GCAGGACUGGCGUUCACGCAGGCGCACUCGUGGCCGCCGGAAGGGCUUCCUCCUCCCUGACACCGCCGUCGCCAUGGCCGCGCCGGCCCCCCGCCUCAUCUCUGUCUUCUCGAGCCCGCAGGAGCUGGCUGCGUCGCUGGCCCAACUGGUAGUGCAGCAGGCAGCAAGCUGCCUGGCGGAUGCCGGCGCCCGCUUCACGCUCGGCUUGUCCGGCGGCAGCCUUGUCUCCAUGCUGGCCCGCGAGCUGCCCGCUGCCGCCGCCCCCGCUGGACCCGCUAGCCUCGCGCGCUGGACGCUGGGCUUCUGCGACGAGCGUCUUGUGCCCUUCGAGCACGCCGAGAGCACGUACGGCCUCUACCGGACCCACCUGCUCUCCAAGCUUCCUAUCUUCGACAGCCAGGUGAUCACCAUCAACCCCGAGCUGCCUGUGGAGGAGGCGGCUGAGGACUAUGCCAAGAAGCUGAGACAGGCCUUCCAAGGGGACUCCAUCCCGGUUUUUGACCUGCUGAUUCUGGGUGUGGGUCCUGAUGGCCACACCUGCUCACUCUUCCCAGACCACCCCCUCCUGCAGGAGCGGGAGAAAAUUGUGGCCCCCAUCAGCGACUCCCCGAAACCACCUCCGCAGCGCGUGACCCUCACUCUUCCCGUGCUGAACGCAGCUCGAACGGUCAUCUUUGUGGCGACCGGAGAAGGCAAGGCAGCUAUUCUGAAGCGCAUUUUGGAGGACAAGGAGGAGAACCCACUCCCCGCCGCACUGGUCCAGCCCAGCACUGGGAAACUUUGCUGGUUUCUGGACGAGGCAGCAGCCCGACUCCUGACCGUGCCCUUCGAGAAGCAUUCCACUCUGUAACCCGUGCCGAGAGAUGCUACUGCUGUGACCAUAUGCAGUCCCAGUGGCCUGGGACCUUCUGGGGCUGGGCCCCACUGCCAGCCCACUCCAGGCUUCAUUUUUGAAAAGCUGAGUGGUGCCACUGGAAGCCAGUAGGGUCUGGCCACCAGGCCCGCCCAGGGGCCUAGCCUGUGGGCCGUGGCUCUGGGUGACUCAGAUAUUAAAAGGAGCAUCUGUUUGAA